AACGACAGCGCGCACUUGGAUUCGGCGACCACCGGAGCGCGGAGGAGGCACAGGCGCCGAUCUAAAGACGAUGGCCGCCGCGGGCUCCUCGCCGUCCUUCUCCUCCUCGAGUAAGCGGUGCGUGCCCUGCUUCUUUCUUCAAUUUUCCCCCGAUCCAUGGCUCGUGCGUGGGUUCCCUGCUCCUAGCUCCACUCCCCCGUCCAUGGCUUGCAUCUAUGCUGCACAGCUCGGUUGCUGUUGCAGUUCAACCUACUUGUUACUCCAAAAAGAAGGCGGGCUUAUCCAAGAUAUUGAUCAAAAUUUCCACCUUUUCGCGUCGAAGGGCGAUGAAUUGAAGGAUCCACCCAGGCCAAGCACUGGUGCUCUGUGCUUAUCUUUUAGCGAGCGAAGUGGUCAUUUCCCCCUCUCUUCUUUAUGGGAGGAAAAUAGGAAAUGGUGUGCCAAGUGUAUCCUCAACCAUUCUACUGUUCCAAACGUGCAGUAUACAUCGGCAUACAGUCGAUCCAGUUGCAACACCAUAGCUGGAAGGGAAGGUGGCCCUCGUCACUGGUGGCGCCACCGGCAUCGGUGAGGCCAUCGUUCGCCUCUUCAUGGAGCACGGCGCCAAGGUCUGCAUCGCGGACAUCCAGGAUGAGGCUGGGCAGCAGCUGCGCGACGCCCUGGGAGGUGACGCGCAGGGCGCCAUGUUCGUCCACUGCGACGUGACGUCGGAGGAGGACGUGAGCCGCGCCGUGGACGCUGCGGCGGAGCGGUUCGGCGCGCUGGACGUGAUGGUGAACAACGCCGGCGUGACGGGCACCAAGGUGACGGACAUCCGCAACGUGGACUUCGCGGAGGCGCGCAGGGUGCUCGACGUCAACGUGCACGGCGUGUUCCUGGGGAUGAAGCACGCGGCGCGCGCUAUGAUCCCGCGGAAGCGGGGCUCCAUCGUGUCGCUGGCCAGCGUGGCCAGCGCCAUCGGCGGGACGGGCCCGCACGUCUACACGGCGUCCAAGCACGCCGUGGUCGGGCUCACCAAGAGCGUCGCCGCGGAGCUCGGCCGCCACGGGGUGCGCGUCAACUGCGUGUCCCCCUAUGCCGUGCCCACGGCGCUGUCGAUGCCGCACCUGCCCCAGGGCGCGCGCGCAGAUGACGCGCUCAAGGACUUCCUGGCCUUUGUCGGCGGCGAGGCCAACCUCAAGGGCGUCGACGCCAUGCCCGAGGACGUCGCCCAGGCGGUGCUCUACCUGGCCAGCGACGAGGCGAGGUACGUCAGCGCGGUCAACCUCAUGGUGGACGGAGGCUUCACAGCCGUAAACAAUAACCUCAGGGCGUUUGAGGAUUAGUUGAGGCAUUUAUGCCAGCUCUGGGAUUGGGAGGGAGUAUUACCGCUAUUUCUUCUGCUGUUGUGACAAGUGUGUGCAAGACUAAUAAACCGCAGCAUGUUCAUGUAGCCAACAGAUGAUUGAACAUUCCAAGUA